AAGGAGAGCGGUGAUGCGCCCGUGUUGUGUUUUGAGUGGGGAGAGGAAGGAAGGAAGCGGAAGAGAGUGAGGAUGAAUGAAGGUGGCUGAGUUGGGGUGAAGGGUGCCCUCCCAUACAAAGCCCAGCUCUUCUGUGCCAGGAGCAAUAAUGGAGAACCCAAUGGGCACAUCAUCUCCCCCUUCCCAUUUUCCAGAAGAUGACGGCUCAAAGGAGAGCAAUGAUGCUGUCCCACCUGGGUUGAAUCACUCGGAAGGACUCUGCAGUAGCAAUGCCUCCCAAUCUACCAACAAUCCAGAUUUCGCAGAGGACUUGGUACAAGCUCAACUGCUGCGGAAUGAGUCAUCCAGUAAAGCUGAAAAUAGUGAGCCGAGGCCGGAGGAGGAGCAGAGAACCAAGAGAGGAGGUUGGUCCAAAGGCCGGAAGAGGAAGAAACCCUUAAGAGAUAGCAAUGCUCCUAAAUCUCCCCUCACUGGCUAUGUACGGUUUAUGAACGAACGGAGGGAGCAGUUGCGAGCCAAGAGGCCCGAGGUCCCAUUCCCCGAAAUCACCAGGAUGCUGGGGAACGAAUGGAGCAAACUUCCUCCUGAGGAAAAACGGCGCUACCUUGAUGAAGCAGAUAGAGAUAAAGAGCGUUAUAUGAGGGAACUGGAGCAGUACCAGAAGACUGAAGCGUAUAAGGUCUUUAGCAGAAAAGCGCAAGCACGACAAAAAGGCAAAACGCAUAGACAAGGUAUUGACCUUUACAACAAGAAUCCAAAAGAAGGCACGCGGCAGGCUGCUCAUAACCACGAGAAGGAAACUGAUACGAAGGAGAGAUCUGUUUUUGAUAUCCCAAUCUUCACAGAAGAGUUCCUGAACCACAGCAAAGCACGGGAAGCCGAAUUGCGCCAACUGCGCAAAUCCAACAUGGAGUUUGAGGAGAGGAAUGCCGCCCUGCAAAAACAUGUGGAAAGCAUGCGCACGGCAGUGGAGAAGCUGGAGGUGGAUGUGAUACAGGAGCGCAGCCGCAACACUGUGCUCCAGCAACAUCUGGAGACCUUACGGCAGGCUUUGGCCAGCACCUUUGCCGGAGUCCCAUUACCAGGAAGUGGAGAAACCCCUACAAUGGACACUAUAGAUGCUUAUAUGAAUCGGCUGCACAACAUUAUCUUGGCGAAUCCACAGGAGAAUGAGAAUCUUAUUGUCACCGUUCGGGAGGUUGUGAACCGCCUUGAACGCUAGCAACCUGACUCUCGGCCCUUUGGAUGUUUUUCUCAAAGCGAGACAGUGAUUGGGGAAGCCGUUCUGGAAAUAGUCCGGGAGCAGGUGAUGAGACUUUGGACUCUGCUCUUGUUCUUGAAGUUUCUUCUGCGAGGAUCAGAAAGCAACCCAAGAAACAUAAGAUCAUCUUCUAUCAAAACGUCUAAUCGGAUUUCCACCAUUUCCUGUCGUUGGUCUUCUCAUCGUGGACACACUUGGGACUCAGCGUUGCCACUCAAACACAUCCGUCUCCCUCUUAUAUCAAAGCCGUAUCCUUUGUCGUUGCUUGUGUUCCAUAAGUGAGGGCUUCCCUCUGUGUUUCUUGUCAUCGUGUCUCCUGGGCUUCCAUCUUGUUUCUAAUAUGGUGGCACUGCAAAGAAGGAAGUACAGACCAUCCUUUCCCAGCACUGACAAACCUUCACGUUGGAUGAAAACCUUUUCUUUCAUUCCUUACUUUAGUUUAUUGUGUACAGUAUUGUUCAAAUGGGAAGGAGUGGUUGCGUUUGCUCGUUCCUUCUGAUAAUAUGCGACUGUGACUAAGAAAUAAACGUUGUCAAAAGAU